AUGGCCCUCGCUGCAGGCUCCAAGCGCAUGGUGCAGAUGCUAUGGCUCGCCGCCGGUCUGCUCUUCACCCUCGCUCUGCUGCACUCCCUUGGUAGCCCUGACAAGGCCAAGGAAUGGGCCAGCAACAAGGUCGGCGCCCUCGUGAACAACGAUGGCGGUCGCAACACCAUGAAGGAGUUCAUGGCCACUGCCGAGUCCAUUUGGGCCAAGACUGUCAAGCAGCGUCACGACAUGAUUGCUGAGGACUACGGUGAUGCCUCGUUGAUGCCUUUGUUCCCUGCCACCGACCCCGCGGCCUACGGAAAGCACCCUUACUCCGUCUGGGACUUUGCCCCGGCCUCGUACAGCUGCCCUCACGAAAUGGAGCGCGUCGGACGUAUGGGAGACGGCGGCAAGUGGGUGUGCGGCAUGUCGAGAUAUGUCAACUUCCCCAGAGACCGCGAGUGUGUCAUCUACUCCUUUGGUGUCCGUGAUGAGUCCAGCUUCGAGAACGAGAUGCUGAGCCGCACCAACUGUGUUGUCUGGGCCUACGAUUUCUCCGUCGUCGACUUUGGUGAGCAACUCGAGCCCGGCAACCGUGCCAGAGCCCACUUCCUCCAGGCCGGUAUCUCUGGCAAGACGGAUAAGACCAAGACGCCCCCCUUCUACAGCAUUGCCGACCUGAUGAAGAUGAACGGCCACGAGUACAUUGACAUCUUGAAGAUGGACAUCGAGUUUGCCGAGUUCGAGGCCAUGGACGGUUUCGGCGAGGACUUCCCCAUCCGCGCCGGCGAGGAGCUCCCUGUCGGCCAGCUCAUGAUUGAGAUUCACUUCUUCAACGGCAUGACUGCUUCUAACUUCCUCGACUGGUGGGAGCGUCUUGAGUCCCGUGGUCUCCGCCCUACCUGGACCGAGCCCAACCUGCUCGCCGUCACCCUGAACUUGGGCAACAAGGACCCGCUCCUUGCCGAGUACACCAUGAUCAACGUCCACGACAGCAAGAACGUUGUCUUUGGUGGCAGACACUAA